ACUGUUGAGCAUUGCUACUACCAUGGCAGCGUGAGGAAGGAUGAGUGGUCUAGUGUUGCAGUCAGCACAUGCAAUGGAAUACGUGGUGUUAUACAAAUGCAUAAUGAAACGUAUAUUAUCCACCCUUUGAUAAAAGAUGAUGAGGAUCUAGAACAUCCUCAUGUUAUUUUCAAGGCCUCAGUGUCGCACAUGAUGAUAAUUGUGGCAACAGUCAUGGACUUUGGUUGCCAUUUCAAGAACUUCACAAAGGAGAGCUUAUUAAAAGAACCAAGUUUGCAAAUGCUCAGAGGAGUCACCAUCAAACAAAUGAAACUUCUCCAAAACUGUUACGGAUUGGCAUGGUUCUGGAUAAAUCAAUGUAUAUGGGUUUGGAGUUCAGUCAACAGCAUGUCACACAGUAUGCACUUGAUGUAG